ACUUGAAAUCUCACUUUAUGUUUGACAAUAGGUCAACUUAUCAAUCAGAGACAUAGCCUGCUUUGUCUCUGAGGGAACAGUUAGCUUACAUUCUACUUCUUUUCCCUUAAAGAUACAGUCUACACUAAUUUCAAAAGUGCCCAGUUAGAGAAACCAGAGCCAGCAGAGAAAUGACUCUUAUGAGACCUUAAAUCUCACAUUAUACUGAUUUUUGGACAAUAUUUGCUUCAGUACCUAAGUAAAUUGUACUAGGUUACAAAAUGCCCUUCAGUUUCUCCUCCACAUCUUUUUGUUUUGUUUUGUUUUGUUUUGUUUGUUUGUUUGUUUGUUUUGUUUUGUGGUUUUUGGGGGGGUUGUUUUUUUGUUUGUUUGUUUUUUGGGUGGUACAGGUGGCCAGUUCCCAGAGAGAAAGGAAGAGUAGGAACCAUAAAUGAGUGCUGUCCUCAACCAAGGUGCUGAAGAACACCCCGCAGCAUUCUGCUACCAGGUGAAUGGAUCUUGCCCCAGGACAGUCCAUCCUCUGGGCAUCCGGUUGGCCAUCUACCUGGCCGGUGCAGUAGGCAUGUUGAUUACGGUCCUAGGAAAUUUGUUUGUGGUGUUUGCUGUGUCCUACUUCAAAGCGCUUCACACCCCCACUAACUUCUUGCUGCUUUCCUUGGCCCUGGCUGACAUGUUUCUGGGUCUGUUAGUGCUGCCUCUCAGUACCAUUCGCUCAGUGGAGAGCUGCUGGUUCCUUGGAGACUUCCUCUGCCGCCUGCAUACCUAUCUGGAUACCCUCUUCUGCCUCACCUCCAUCUUCCACCUCUGUUUCAUUUCCAUAGACCGCCACUGUGCCAUCUGUGAGCCCUUGAUCUAUCCCUCCAAGUUCACAGUCAGGGUGGCCAUCAGGUACAUCCUGGCAGGGUGGGGGAUUCCAGCAGCUUACACUGCCUUCUUCCUCUACACAGAUGUGGUAGAGAAUGCGCUCAGUCAGUGGCUGGAAGAGAUGCCUUGUGUGGGCAGUUGCCAACUGCUCUUCAAUAAGUUUUGGGGCUGGUUAAAUUUUCCUAUGUUCUUCUUCCCCUGCCUCAUCAUGAUCAGCUUGUACGUGAAGAUUUUUGUGGUUGCCAUCAGGCAGGCUCAGCAGAUCAACACCUUGAGCAAAAACCUGGCUGGGGCUGCCAAACGUGAAAGAAAAGCUGCCAAGACCCUCGGCAUUGCCGUGGGCAUAUACCUCUUGUGCUGGCUUCCCUUCACCAUUGACACGCUGGUUGACAGCCUCCUUAACUUCGUCACACCGCCACUGGUCUUUGACAUCUUUAUUUGGUUUGCUUACUUCAACUCGGCCUGCAACCCUAUCAUCUAUGUCUUCUCCUACCGGUGGUUCAGAAAGGCACUGAAACUCUGCCUGAGUCGAGAGGUCUUCUCACCUCGGACACCCACUAUUGACUUGUACCAAGAGUGACUUCUUUGAAUGCAGGCGAGGGGUAGGUCCCUGCAGGAAGGAUGAGUGCUCUGUGGCAGGGGCGGUGUCAUGAGUUUGUGGGCAUGCUUUUAGGGCACCAUGGUUUAAGUGGAGGAGAAAAAACAACCUCUUAAUUCGAAAAGAAAUAUAGUACUCUCUUAAUUCAAUGUUUCUGUAGUAGAAUGUAGC